AUGUUGGCGAAGACACUUUGCCUUCUUCCCCAGCUAUUCCUGCUUCUUCUCCUGUUAUUCUUGAUACUGGCGGUGCUGCUGAUGGAACUGCUACUGCUAAGAGCAAAUGGAAGAAGUUGCAUGUCAACUUUGAAAUGGGUGUUUCCACAGACUUCGUUUGUUUUUGUUGAGGAAUUUUUUCUUGCUCCUUCAUCUCAUGAGGAGACAACUGUUGAUAUUGAGAAGAUGAAGGAUGUGGCUCAGGAGCCUGCUACUCCUGCUACUCAAGCCUUAGAAACAAUUCCUGGUGGAGUUGACCCUGAGGCAUACAAGAGGUGCAUAGAGUACUGCCAAGCUCAAGGUGUGAAUUUAGAUACUUUUAAAUUUGUUGGGAUUGGCCUGGACAGACUUCACAUUAUGCCAAAGAAGUUAGAGUUAAAGCUGUCAAAGUAUAUUGAUGAUGCCUUCGCAGUUCCUGAUGCUGAAGCUCAAUUUGCUGGGAAAUCUUCCCUUGAGUUGGCAGAUGCGAGUGUUACCAUGAUUUACAAGCAGCUUGAGAAGGAAAUUGCUGCUGAUGAAAAGGAGCAUAGGAAAUAG